AUGUCCGCCUGGUUGGAUCUACCCAUUAAAGAAUGGGAGGCCUGGCUUGCAAACGGCGAUCUCAAUGGCGACGGUUGUGUCGUACUUGAGGUAACCGACGGUGACAGGCUGCCGCGGCGGAAGGCCCGUGCUAUUUCCCCCACCCCGCCGGCGGCAGCCGUACGAACCACGAUACGUUCAUCGUGCCGUACCAGUACACCCAGCGGCUGUAGCGACUCAGAGGACGCGGGAGGCGGCGGCUGUAGCGACGAUGACGACGACGAUGCGUCCGAGCUCGGCCUUGAGGGCACAUCUAUAGUACCCCUUCCUCGCGCUACUGCCGCCGUCGCGGUGAUGUCAAAGACUGCGGCGUCGCAACAGCCGCCGCCGCCGCCGCCGCAUUAUCCACAUCCCGUCGGCCCGGCAGUAGCGGCACUUGAAGAAGUUACGGCGCGGCGGCGACGGCGGAAGCAGGAGGCGGAGGCGGCCGCGGCGGCUGCGGAUUCUUCUGCCAUUGCCGCUGCCUCGCCUCCCAACCCUCUUCCCCGAUCUAACAGUAAGCGCCAUGUUAUUAUGGGGCAUCGGGAGCCCCUCCACCCGAACUGGCUGCUGGGCAAUCGGCGGGCCGCGUUCACGGGCAGCAACUCACGAAGCUGGCUGCCGCUUCACGUGCUGACUCAAGCGCAGGCGCAGGCGCAUGCAGCUCAGGCGCAGCUGUUGCCAGCGGCCAACAACUCCCCGCGCGCACACACAAGCUGCGACAACAACACCUUUGCAGACGGCGGAAGUGUAGGCGGCGGGGCCGGCGGAGGCACAGAUCCAAGGUCCCCUGCGCUCUCGCAGUAUCAGCAGCAGCAGCAGGGGCAGCUACAGCCCGGCGGCGGCGGCGCAGGCGACAGCUCCCCUCCAGUUUCCCUGACCCACUUGGCCCUUGGCGGAGGCGGCGGAGGCGGCGGCGCGGGCGGUUCGAACAGCCGUGCCAGCUCGACACAUUCGGAGCGGCGGGAGGUGACCAGGUCUGGGGCAUCUGGGUUUGGGUCGCCGUCGCCGAUGGCGCGCAUGGACAGCCUGACGGGCUCUUCCCCUUUCGCAUCGCUGGUGUCGCUACAGCAGCACAUGGAGCUGUCGGGCUGUACGGCGCUUGAAAGGGAUCGAGACAGGGACAAGGACCUGGAGGAGGGUUUCGGAGCGCAUCGGCUGGGCUCCAUGCAGGGCUUGUUGCGGGGCAGUCGCAUGCAGGGCCACGUCACCGCCGUGGCGAAUCCGGCGUACGUCGCUGCCGCGGCGGCGGCAACGGCGGCGCUCGCCGCUGCCGUCGGUGGCGCCGCCUUGCCGGCGGCGGCAGUUGGAUCGGGGCUGCCAUCGGGACCGCCUCCGGCCUUGCGGAGGGAGCCCAGCCGCCGCCGCUAUCAGCAAGCGCCGGCAGUGGAACUGGAGCCGCCGGCGGCAGCGGCAGUAGUGGUGGCAGCUGCAGCCUCCGCCGCCGUCAGCGAUGCAACGUCACCUGCUCGACCGCCGGCGUCGACGUUUCCUAUCAGCUGUAGUGCCGCCGGCGGCGCCGGCGCCGGCAGCGGCAGCGGCAGCGGCGGCAGUGCGUUGCGGCCCAGCUUGGCACAGCAGCGCGACGCCGCCGCCGCCGCUGCGGCGGCGACAGCUGUGGUGAACAGCGCGCAGCGGCCGGCGGUGCCGACGGCGGUUGUCGCUUCGGGCUUGCAGGGGCACGCCGUGGCUCUCCAGCCGGGGGGGACCGCCGCAGCCGCCGGUGCAUGUGGGGCCCAGUCAGGCGCUGUGCAGCCGCGACCAAGCAGUAGCGUCGCAGCUGUGCGUCCCGUCAGUACACCGUCGGGUCUGGCGGCGGGUGGCAGUAGCGGAAUGGGUGCCAUUGGCAGUAGCAGUACGGCCUGGCUGAGUGGCGGCGUCAGUCUGCUGCAGGCCCUGGCUUCCGGCCAGCACCACCACCACCGGCCACCUCGCGCGCCCCUGCCCGGCGGCGGCGCACCCAAUGCCGGCGGCGGUGGCGGCGGUGGCGGCGGCGCGUCGUACUUGGGCAUGGCGCCAGGCCGGGGCUCCGGGGGCCCGCCGCGAAACCCCGCGCGCAACGCCCCGGAGCUCCAGGGCGCAUCUCCAACGCGCUCCGCAACAGGCGAUCGUCCAAAUCAUUGA